AAGUACAGGUGUUAAUCAGUGCGUCGAGUCAAAGGCAAUUUUGAGCUCCAAAGGCAGCAGAGACACGCUAAGACCGCCGUGGGUUUCUGCGGCCUCGAUUCGUCUUUUUAAAUUCUCUCUCUUUCUCUCUCUCUCUCUCUCUCUCUCUCUCUCCACACACCGGCAAUUCAAAAUCCACCUGUACCGUACAUGCCAUGAACACGUUACUUUCUAUCUAUUCUUCUCCUAGAUAAGAAUUCUCUCACAAUUACAAAACCCCACUUUUAUUACUGUACUCUCUCUCUCUCUCUCAUCUUUCACAUUUCACACUCCCCAUACCUGCAUUUCUCUCUUAACUGCCAAAACCCUAAGACGACGCCGUUUGAACUGGAAGGUGCGCUUGCUUCUUCGUCUUCUUCUUUCUCGAGGAAAAAAGCUUUUCCUCUGAUGCGCCCUUAGAAUCACUCCCUGCACAGUUUCGUACUGUAGAAACCGUAUAAGGGGAAAUGGAAGAUAACGAAAAGUUGGAUCAAAAUAUGGCCAAAGAUUCUGAUAUCGACCUUGUGGAUGCGAAUGUUGAAGUUCAACUUCAACAGCAAGAGCCACAGCAAGAUGAUUCUACUGCCUCUAAGGAAAAUCAAAACCCUAGUGAAAAUGGGAACUCGGAUAAAGUUGUUGGGGCUAAUGAGGUGGUGGAGGAGGAGAAUAAGAGUGUUGAAUUGGGCAGUAGUGGUGAUCAAGUUAUGGUUGAUGCUGCUGCUGACGAUGAGGUUAUGGCUGAGGAUGAGAAAAUUGACGGUGAUGAUGUUAAGGACCUGGUGGAAAAUAAAAGCAAUGGCGCCGCUGAUGUUAAGGAGCCUGUAGAGAAUAAAAGCAAUGGCGCUGCUGAUGUAAAGGAACCAGUAGGGAAUAAAAGCAGCAAUGGCACUGAUGGCCGCAUUGAAAUUCAUCUUGAAGCACCUGCUGCACCUGUUUCUGCUGUGGAAUACUCGACCCCUGUGGCACAGAAUAAGAAUUUAUGGUUGAGUGAUGUAGAGAUGUCUGAGGCCGAUGAAUGGGGGACGCCACAGGAUCAAGCUGCAUUCAUGAAGGAGCUGGAGCGUUUCCAUAGGGAGAAUGCUUUGGAAUUUAAAGCCCCUAAAUUUUAUGGAGAGCCACUAAAUUGCCUUAAGUUAUGGAGAGCUGUUAUUAGAUUGGGCGGCUACGAGCUGGUGACUGCAUCCAAGUUGUGGCGGCAAGUAGGAGAGUCUUUCCAUCCCCCCAAGACCUGUACAACAGUCUCUUGGACAUUCCGCAUUUUUUACGAGAAGGCACUUUUGGAAUAUGAAAAGAAUAAGAGGCAAACUGGUGAGCUUCAACUCGCUGGAUCCCUCCCUCCAUCUGCAAGAGUUGAAAAGGAGGGAGGUGGCUACCAACCUCCCGGAUCAGGUAGGGCACGACGGGAUGCUGCAGCUCGUGCAAUGCAAGGUUGGCACUCACAGCGUCUUCUUGGAUAUGGUGAGGUUGCUGAGCCUAUUAUUAAGGACAAGAACUUAAAUUCUACACUAAAGCGUGAAAAGAAUCUCAAAAGUAUCGGUUCACUCAAACACAAGACAUCGACUGGUCUGGAGCAUGCUGAGAAAGCUGCAAUUGUUGAAGCAGAUAAGCAACUGAUCACGACAGUUGUUGAUGUUGGACCCCCAGCUGAUUGGGUGAAGAUUAAUGUGCGGGAAACUAAAGAUUGCUUUGAGGUAUAUGCACUAGUCCCUGGGCUACUACGUGAGGAGGUUCGAGUUCAAUCAGAUCCAGCAGGACGUUUGGUUAUAACUGGUCAACCGGAGCAGCUUGAUAAUCCUUGGGGCAUUACACCCUUUAAAAAGGUGGUUAGCUUACCUGGGAGAAUUGAUCCACUUCAGACAUCUGCUGUUGUUAGCCUGCAUGGCCGACUCUUUGUACGUGUCCCUUUUGAGCAGGGAUCAGUUUGAACCAAUCCUUAAUGGUCGGUUAAUCAAUUUUCAGGGAAGGAAUUUAAUUUUAGGAUAUCGAGGCAUGGAGGUUUAGUUUGGAACUAAUUUUGGCCUUGUUAGAUCUGUUCAAAAUACCAAAUUAUAUUAAUUCAAGCAUUGGCUAAUUUAGUUCUCUGUGUGCAUUUCUCAGAUCAGUUUUAGAUGGCCUCAUGAACUGAUGAAAUUGAAGUAUGUUUUAUUAGUUUCA